GAAUGCAGUGAUUUCUAUCACCAUCUUUCCAGACCGUACCGUGAAUUUAGAUGAUCUACUAUCGUGCAUCGUGCUUGUGAAGUGUGUUAUAUAUUUUACUCCUCAGAGACCGAUCACUAUGGGCAGAAAAGGCAGCAAACAGAGCAAAGAUCAGCAAGAUCACCCAGAAGUACGAUCAUCUCACCCGAUUCGCGCCAGAACGCUUGUCCGUAGCAACUUGGAGAAGGCAUCCGUUAUCAGGAACACCAUCGGCAGCGGCAGCCAGGUCUGCGGCAGCAAUCUCGUGCAUAGUUUGUCAUCGGCAGCACACAGCACUACAGCCAGUAGCAGCAGCGACAUCGGCAGUGAUAGCAAGCAGCCUACCGAUAGCAUCUCCGUUCCUAGUGUCGAUCCUCACCAAUUCCUACAGUCGAGGAUGCCAAACAUUAAGGUGUUUUCGGGUUCGUCCCAUCCGGAUCUUGCAUCUCGCAUCGUCGACCGGCUCGGUAUCGAUCUCGGCAAGGUAGUGACGAAAAAGUUCAGCAACUUGGAAACCUGUGUUGAAAUUGGAGAAUCCGUUCGUGGUGAAGAUGUGUACAUCGUUCAAUCCGGUUCCGGAGAGAUCAAUGAUAACUUGAUGGAGCUGCUGAUUAUGAUCAAUGCGUGCAAGAUAGCAUCUGCCUCCCGUGUGACCGCAGUCAUACCAUGCUUCCCGUACGCACGACAGGACAAGAAAGAUAAGACAGGCGACGAUAAGCUGGCAGAGCUCAUGAAAACCAAUGAGUGGAAGUUCCGGAGCCGUGCGCCGAUUUCCGCCAAACUGGUAGCAAACAUGCUUUCCGUCGCCGGUGCAGAUCAUAUUAUUACGAUGGAUUUGCACGCUUCACAAAUUCAGGGUUUCUUUGAUAUACCGGUGGAUAAUUUGUACGCCGAACCGGCUGUAUUGAAAUGGAUCCGAGAGAAUAUUGCCGAAUGGCGAAACUCGAUCAUUGUAUCACCGGAUGCUGGCGGUGCGAAACGUGUUACCUCGAUCGCGGAUCGGUUAAAUGUGGAAUUCGCGCUUAUCCACAAGGAACGCAAGAAGGCAAACGAGGUCGCCUCGAUGGUGCUGGUCGGUGAUGUAAAGGAUCGUGUAGCAAUCCUGGUGGACGAUAUGGCAGACACUUGCGGCACUAUUUGCCACGCUGCCGACAAGCUGGUUGAGGCUGGUGCAACGAAAGUUUACGCCAUACUAACGCACGGCAUCUUUAGCGGGCCGGCCAUCUCCAGGAUAAACAAUGCCUGUUUUGAGGCAGUUGUUGUGACGAACACUAUUCCGCAGGACGGUCACAUGAAGGAUUGUCCUAAAAUUCAGUGUAUCGAUGUUUCGAUGAUGUUCGCUGAGGCUGUCCGUAGGACACACAACGGUGAAAGCGUGUCCUAUCUGUUUUCAAACGUUCCUUACUAAGCCCCACCAGCCGUUACGAAGUAUGAGAGAAAGAGAGAGAAUUUAGAGCCUCCGUUCUUCUAAGCUAUGACACAACACUGUACGCCCUAAACCUUGUCCUCCAAUAAGAUUGGAAUUCUUGGUAGCAUCAAAAUUUAGAAGAGCCACACCACAAACGAAACACAAACACAAGCUUUGAUUUUUUUUAUCGUCUCACUAUACGCGUAAGUUGCACACGUGCCACUAGGGAGAGAUGAAACAAAAAAUGAAGCAAAAAAAAAACAACAAAAAAAUCAUCCUUAUCAUCAGUGUAAAAGAAAAGCCAUAAAAGUUGUACUGGGAGAGAGAGAGAGAAAGUGAGAGAGAUGAUGCAAAAAGGAGAAAAAAUAAGUUAAAUUUGCAAGGCACAUUUAUUUGCGCAAGCAUAACAACAAAACAGAUUGGAUUAGGCAUAAGGAAAGUGAGAGAAUGUUAACAUACAUUAAUGCUUGCGUUUACAGUGAAGCUAAGGAUAUGUGUUCCGUAAUCGAGCAUGAAAUGCUUUGUUUUUCUGUUGCUCUAUCGUGAAGAGGAAAUUGUUUUUCUUGCCACACACAUUUUUGGUUUUUGACACAGUCCGAAAGGUCAAUAAAAAAGACAUGGUGCGAUUAGCAUUUUUUGUAUCUGCUAGCAAUAAUUUACAUGUCAUUAAUUUGUUUCGCAAUAUUGUAAUUUUUGUUCGUUUGUUUGUUUGUUUAUUUGUUUUGCAUUAACUGCCCUGAAAGACAUUACGUGUAUAGUCUAAAUAUGUUUUUUUUUGUUCUGCCUUUUGCGAAUUCACGAUCAUUGAUCUUCACAUGUUAGGUCAGAAAUGGUUAGAAUUGAGAAAACGAAACAGGGGAACACAUGUGUAAAGCUUGUCAGUUUCAUCUUAGCCCCUGUGAACAGAUAAACCGGAUUUAUACAUUACUUAAGAUUGGACAACACUCACUCUCCUACUAAACUGGAUGCAAUAGCGUUAUCGCAGGAAUAGAAUAGUGCGUGGUAGGAGUUUUUUUUUGUUUGUGUAUAGGACAACCUUAAAUGAAAUAUGUGUGGAUUUGUUUCAAUUUGGCACGAUCGUUUUGCCGCCCGUGGAUGUUUCUCUUUGGCUGAUCCCCUGAUUCUAUGCGUUUUGUUUCUGAAUGAAUGUAACAACACAGACAUACAUUUUAUUUUAUGGUACAAUUUAUGUUUAGUUUACUUGUAAUUUGAUAUAAAACUAUGUUAGCUAGUGCUGAUAUUAGCUACCAAAUAGA